AUGGCCAAAAGCUCCUCUGCCCCUACCAAUGAAAUGCGACAAGGCGCCGGCGCUGUUGGCCUUGCCAUCUCCAAAACGCGGUCCCGGAGGGACGACCAAACAGCUCCUGCUUCCAACCAGAGGCGUCCCGAUGGCAAGCCGAAGCUUAGCAUCAACACGUCAACGAUUGCCAAUAACGUUUCCGGGUCCAAUCAGACGAUACGUCCAGUACCGGCAACUCAGCGCGGCGAGGAAGAGGAAAGCCCUAUGACGGAGUUUGAGGAAGAUGGUGGCGAUAUAUCUCCGAAGCAGAUAUGGCACUGCUACGUCAACAGCCGUGUCCACAGUAUCAAGCCGGUCUCCCCGUCAAAAACUCUCACCCCCGCUAGUGUCUACGCUUCUGAGGGUGGCCCCUGGAACCGCACUCCUACGCAAACGCCACCAGUCCCCUCCAAUUCUUUGGUUCCUAAGCCGCUCAGCACUAGGCAGCCAAGCCGUAACUACCGUGCGGGCCCGGACCUCGGUCCCUGGGCCCCGCCAGCCCCGGUCCUUCCAACGGCUUACUCUCCUGUGCUCAACCCUUUCCUUGACACUAAUGAUGUCUCCCCUGUCCGUCGUGCUGGAAACAGUACCUAUGAUCUGACAGGAAGGAUACCGGCACCUCAGGGCCAGAACCUGUUCCGGCCAUCUAGGAUAGGCCAAACAACAGCUCCGUCCCCGACCCCGAUGCCCGGGCUUCGCCGUGGCGCAACCUCGAGCAACCCCCAGCUGAUGGCAACACCGAUUGUUGCCCCGGCUUCACGGGCGUUUGUGCAGCCAUAUUCUGCUAGUAGUAUCACACCGACGACGAACCGUUACAGUUAUAUUGGUGACCCCUCCUCGCCGCAGCAGACUUCUGGCGCCGCGCGCUCUACCUUGCUAGAGAAGCGCCUCGGCCCCGAUAGGCCCUCGCAGCUUUCCAAUCUCACAGUCACCCCCGUCACUAGCAGACCCUCCGUACAAUCAGAUAUGAGCCAGCCUGGGCCUUGGAGGCGCAUGAUGCGAGAUGCCGAAGGCGGUGCCUCGGGGGCGACUUGCCAAGCACGCCAACUUGGCGGCCCCUCCUUACACCCGAGCGUAGGGGAGAUGCCCUAUACUUGA